ACCCGCAAAAACCCCAAAAAACCCUAACCGACAAAAACCCGGGGUGGCGAACCCUGAGACGGACGUAAUGGGUUUUACCCCUCAAUAACUAAGUGAAUUUUUUAUUCUCCAUGUGUAUAAAUUUAUGAGAUCUUCCGCUUAAGAUGAUGCCAAACGUUUUUUGUUUACAUGCAAAAAAUAUUUGCAAUGAUAACACAUAAAUAAAUACACAUAUUACUCAUACAUACAUGCAUGCAUAAGCUAUAAAGCAGCAGGAUGUACAAAUAAUAACUCAUUCCAAGUCCUCACAAGCUUUGACGCAGCACUAAAAUCUUGUCCAGCGUUAAAAUGUUGACAGAAAGCAUCCGAAAUAAUGCGAAUCAAUUUUCCACCGUUGUUCAAAACUUGAUUGACUCUCCGUACAUUUCUGACCCACUAAUAAAGGACUUGAGUAUUGCACACUCUGAUUUAGUUGCCGACUUGAAAAACGGAGACAUUCGCAUUAUUUUACAAAAGUGCGUCCAGCUCAUCACCUUGAUUGAAAGUCACAAGAGAGAGCUGUAUCGAAUUAACGCCGAAGUCCAGCUGGCCCCAAGCCAAGCGUUUCCCAACUUUAUGAAAAGUCUGCCAUGUUUCGGGACCAUUGGAUUUUUUUUAGCCGGAAAUAUAUUUUUGUAUUCGGGAGGAAUCUGGAUUUUGAGCCUUAUUUCGAGCGCAAUUGGUAUUUCGUAUGCGUGGAAAGGAGCCCAAAGUGCGUAUGUUAAGAUGAAGGAACAAUCUGCGAAGGAUGCUUUGUCUCGAAGCAUCGUCCAAAUUAGAGAACUGUCUUGUCAAAUACAUUCCCUGAAAUUUCAAUUUGAUGAAGAACACAGGACACAAAAUUUACGCCCGGUGAGAAACACGUCUGGGUAGAAAUAAGUAUACUCUAAAAGUUAUAAUGCAUUCUCUUAAUUUCGGAUAAUUAGAAAUUCUAGAGUUAAAUGUACAACAUACAUGCAUACAUAAACAGAUGUAUUUAUCUAAUUGGAAAUUUAUUACUUUUGUUUAACGUAUUUACACAUGCACAUCGGUACAUAGAAGUUACAAAUAUAUAAAUAUAUACAUAUUUUAUCCACAAAAUAAAAGAAUGAGCAACGCCGCAAAUAAAAAUAUAUACACAUAAA